GUUCCCACUAUGAACGCCAUGCCACCUGAGCUCAUCCGCGUUAUCGUCAGCAGCAUCGACACCCAGCAAGACCUCAAGUCAUGUUGUCUCGCAGCCUCCUACUUCCGCUCUUGGUGCCAACAGAGGCUCUUGGGCUCUCUGGCGCUCUCGCUCACCCGCGCUGCCCGCGACACGCGGGAACGGCUCAACCAUCCGCCCAGGAUGCGCGCUGGCAAAAAGAGCUUCGAUGAUGCAACGGAGCGCUUCGGGCGCUGGCCCCACCUCGCCGCCCUUGUCGUGGACCUCGACCUUGAGCUUAGCAUCCUCGGCUUGGAAGCAGGCACCCUCGGAGUCGAUGCUCCUGCCCUAGCCGCGCUUUUCUCGCUUUUCUCCCGCGUCAGCUCGUUGAGAAUCGUCGGCCACAGCCCAUGGAGCAACAUCGAGCCCGCGUUGACUCACGCCCUCGCCCACUGGCUCGGGCAUAUCCCCCACGGCACAUUGCAGUUUAUUCACAUGUCAUACGCUAUGCAGUUCCCGCGCAGCAUCUUCCACGAUAUAUUCCGCGCCCUGGCUCCGCAUGCGCAAGUCGAUUUCUUGAUCGUAUCCAUGGACGCUGCGGAAUGCACAGAUCGGGGCCCAUACACCACGGCUCCGUUCGCAUUUAGUUGCGAUCGCGGCCAUGGCGUCCAGGCUGCACUAACCCAGUCCGAGUUUUUAUCCGCUUUGCGGGGUCUCCGUAGCCUGGUCGCUCCCGCGGCCCCCGGAAACACCUUUGGGGAGUCGCUGCGGCUCUGUGAAGCAGCAUCCAACACUCUCGAGCACCUCAACCUUCAAAUAACAUUCGGUCGCUAUAAUGCCCUCCUCGAUGCCCCACUUCCGCAGUGCCUGUCUGUGCUCACCACGCUCACGCUCACUUUUUCCCCGCUCGAGGCGGAACUCCGCAGCGACACACACUUCUCCUGGCUGCUCACCACCGUCGUCGCGCCGCUGCUGCAUCCCGCGGUCACCCCGCAGCUGGCGACGCUCACGAUUCCGUGCAAGUUGCACCCGCUCAAUAGCCUUGCGUCGACCGUGGCCUUUCUUUUGAGCGCCGUCCGCCAGGACACUGGGCAGGCGUGCCUCCGGAUGCUCGACGAGACUCUUGCGGGCCGGCACAUCCGGUUGCUGUUUGUCUUCUUGGUGGUCAAACCGCAGCAGGUGGUCGCCGGCGAGGCAGAUGAGCAGCAAACUGUUCUCCGGGAGCUGCAGGUCUGCUUGAAAAGACAGGCGGAGCGGGGCCUGCUCGAUGUUGCUCUCAGGUUUUCGGGGCCUCUUGAUUGA